UGAACAUGGACCAAAACAAGGACGGGAACACCACGAAGCCAACGGCUAGCGGUGGGAGUGACCAGCCCGCAAUGCCUCCCGACGAGACAUCCAGCUUAGCUCGAAGCCCAUCAAUGGCCUCGGCUUUUCCUUUGUUGGCCGCUCUUCGAGAUUCUGCUUCAGCCGCGGCUGCGGACGACGUGGACUCGACAACAAUUCCUACUCCACGUCCAAUUGCUAUUGCUGCCGUGCAUGCGAAUCCGGCCGCGCAACAACCUCAGGUUCCGUCUACGGCUGUGGAUGCGGCAGUGCACGUGGCUUCAUCAUCUACAGAUGCUGCAGUCAAUCAUGUGCCCUCUACCGCUACUGCAGGUGGAGCAAAGAACGAAACGCCACGUGGGACAUUCACCUGGAAGACUAACCGGGCACUCUUGAACAACCAAAGAGCGGCCGCGAGGAUGGCUUCCGGGACAGACACUCGACCCCGGAAAGCUCAUAGUCCACCAAGAAGAUCACAAGAUCGACAACAGGACUAUGAGUUGCAAAUGACGUGGAGAACUCGCACCAACUGUGUCGUAGGCGAGUGCAAGCGCUAUCCGUGCGACGUCUGCGGCUACCACUACGACUUCCAGCUAGAUCGAAGGCAGGUGAUCAUCAUCUUCAUCACCAUGUACUAA